UACUUAAGUACAUUUUUGUUUUUUUUUUAGUAAACAAUUCCAAACAAAUUCGCAGAAACCUAUCCUGGGGGAGGAGCAAAGGUCUGUUCAUUAUAGCAGGCCUGAAACUUUCCUUCAGAUGAAUCUGUGCUGGUUAACUGAAUCAGUCAUGGAGCUGCUGCUGCCGAUACUUCUUGGCUUUCUUGCUUGUCUGGUCGGAGGGCUGUACCUUCUCGGAGUGUUCAGACAGCAGCGACCAGGAGAACCCCCCCUCGAUAAAGGGCUCAUUCCUUGGUUGGGUCAUGUCUUAGAGUUUCGCAGGAACACCUUGAAGUUCCUAGAGAGAAUAAAGAAGAAGCACGGUGAUAUAUUUACAGUACAGCUGGGAGGGUUUUAUAUUACAUUUGUCCAGGACCCUUUUUCAUUUGGGGGGUUCAUUAAGGAGAGUCGGGACAAACUGGACGCUCGAAAGGUUGCUCUGCAUCUGGCGCACAGAGUGUUUGGAUAUAAAGCUGUUGAAGGGUGGCACGGUAUUCUCCGCAUUACCAGCAACAAGCACCUGAAGGGGGAAAGUCUGCAAGAACUGACCCAGUCUUUUAUGAGUAAUUUGCAGAACAUGUUGUUGCACAACAUUGGAUCAGCUGCAGAGGACAGGACCUGGAAAGAAGAUGGACUGUUCAGGUACAGCUACAAUGUUGUUUUCAGAGCUGGAUAUUUGGCCUUGUUUGGCAAUGUGCCACCCAAGUCAGAACAAAGUGAGGAGAAAGCCAAAGAGAAAGACAGAGCUGAAUCAGAAGCUUUGUUUCAGGAGUUUCGUAAAUAUGACCAGCUCUUCCCCAGACUGGCGUAUGGGGUCCUCCCACCGAUGGAAAAGUUGGCUGCAGAGAGGUUGAAGGCAUACUUCUGGGAUGUUCUGUCAAUACUGAAAAUGAAAACCAAGGAUAAUAUCAGUGGCUGGGUGUGGGACAUACAGCAGGGUAAAGAGGAGAUGGGCAUCGAUAUGUCAAUGAUAAACAGAUACAUGUUUGUGCUUCUUUGGGCCUCUCAGAGCAACACAGGGCCUUCUUCAUUCUGGCUGCUCUUCUUCCUCAUGAAACACCCAGAAGCCAUGAAAGCAGUGAAGGAAGAAGUGGAUAAAGUUCUGAAAGAAUCUGGACAGGAGGUCCGGCCCGGUGGUCCUAUGGUCAACCUGACCUGUGAAAUGCUGUUGAAAACACCGAUCCUGGACAGUGCUGUCGAAGAGAACCUCCGACUCACUGCUGCACCCCUCCUCACCAGGGCAGUGAUAAAGGACAUGACCUUCAAGAUGGCUGAUGGGCGAGAAUAUUUACUUCGCAAGGGUGACAGAAUUGCAAUCUUUCCUUUCAGUUCUGUCCACCAUGACCCAGAGAUCCAUCCUGAGCCGCACUCAUUCAAAUAUGACCGCUUCCUGAAUCCAGACGGGACCAAGAAAACUGAUUUUUACAAAGCAGGAAAGAAGGUAAAAUAUUACACCAUGCCCUGGGGAUCCGGGGUCUCCAUGUGCCCUGGCCGUUUCUUUGCCACCAAUGAGCUGAAACAGUUUGUUUUCCUCAUGUUGGUCUAUUUUGAACUUGAGCUGAUGAAUCCGGAUGAGAAGAUUCCUGAAACUGACCUCAGUCGAUACGGAUUUGGAACGAUGCAACCUGUCAGAGAUGUCCAGUUCAGAUACAGACUCAGAUAUUAAGCCAAUCAGAUAAAAACAAAAGUCUUAUCUUUAAACACCU